AUGUCGACGAAGAAAACUCAAGGUCGGAAGAAGAUCGAGAUUAAGCGGAUAGAAAACUCAAGCAACAAGCAAGUAACCUUCUCGAAGCGCCGUGCCGGCUUAUUCAAGAAGGCCGGGGAGUUAAGCGUGCUAUGCGGCGCGCAUGUGGCAGUCAUCGUGUUCUCUAGUGCCAACAAGGUCUUCUGUUAUGGGCACCCCGACAUCCAUGCAGUGAUCGAGAGCUAUCAAAAUGGGCUCAACACUGUAGUCGGAGCUGACGAUAAGGUCCAGGAGGUUCUCGUGGCGGAGUACAACAAAGUGUGCUUGGAGAAGCAGAAGGAGGAAGAGGAGUUGAAGAAGAAGAUGGCGGAGAUGAAAGCCAAGGCAGAUGAUAAGAAGAUGAUGAUGGAAAUGGGAAUGAGCGUUGAUGAGGGGUUUUGGUGGGAUGAGCCAGUGGAUUUGUUGAUGCUGGAGCAGCGAGAGAGGGAGCAGUACAUGAUGGCAUUGGAAAGCUUGAGGAACAAGGUAGCUGAUAAGGCUCAUCACAAGAAGAUUGUGAGUGGGACUGGUGCAGGGACUUCUGCUACGGCUGUUCAUGGACUUUAUAAUAUGCUGACACCCAAUAAUUGUUUUGGUACUGAUUUCGCUGAUCAAUAUGGGAACCAUGGUUUCGGGGUUUAG